AUGGAGAAAAUUAUACGAACAGACGCCUAUAGAGAAGUGUCACAUAACAAACUGAACAUGGCCUAUGGGAGGAUUCGGUCACUAAUAGAAGAACUGUUUAUAGAGGCCAGCAUUGAUUUUCGAUUUGCAGAUAAAUGGGACAUUUUACUUAUUAUUAUUGGAAUCAUAGCAGCCGUGGGAAAUGGAACCUGUUUACCACUAAUGACCAUUGUGUUUGGUGAGAUGAGUGACAGUUUUGUUGCUGGUGCUCAGUGCUUUGAUAAUGCAAGUGAGUGCAAUAUGUAUUCCCCCUUUGGGGAGCAGAUGAGUAUGUUUGCCUUAUACUAUGUUGGAGUUGGCGUGGGUGUUUUGAUCCUUGCCUAUGUACAGAUUUCUUUUCUAGUUCUAGCUGGAGCCAGACAAGUUAGGAGACUCAGAAGAGAAUUUUUCCAUGCAUUAUUGAAUCAAGAGAUUGGCUGGUUUGAUGUGAAUAAGAGUGGAGAACUUACCACCCGUCUUACAGAUGACAUCAAUAAGAUUAAUGAUGGCAUCGGAGACAAGAUUGGCCAUUUUUUCCAGAAUGUAUCCACCUGUAUAUCGGGUUUGAUAAUUGGCUUUAUAUAUGGAUGGAAGCUUACGUUAGUAAUUCUGGCCACAAGUCCACUCAUGAUACUGUCAGGGGUACUUUUCUCUAAGGUGAUGGUAACACUAACAGGUCAAGAACUUACUGCCUAUGCAAAGGCAGGAGCAGUUGCAGAGGAAGUGCUAUCAGCAAUCAGAACAGUGGUGGCAUUUGGGGGACAAGAAAAAGAAAUUGAAAGAUACCACAGUAAUCUAGGGGAAGCAAAACGAAUUGGUAUCAAGAAAUCUGUUACCAGCCAAUUAUCAUUCGGGUUUUUAUAUUUUGUUAUAUAUGCAGUUUAUGGGUUAGGAUUCUGGUACUCAACCACACUGAUUCUUGAAUCUGGCUAUACAAUUGGAAAUGCACUAAUUGUGUUCUUUUGUGUGUCUUUUGGUACUUUUUGCGUUGGACAAGCAUCACCACAUAUUGAAGCAUUUUCUAUUGCAAGAGCAGCUGCCUACUCCAUUUAUGAAAUAAUUGAUAGUAAACCAUCAAUUGACAGCUUUUCAGAAGAGGGAUACAAACCUGACAAUAUAAAGGGCACAGUGGAAUUUAAAAAUGUACAUUUCAACUAUCCCUCAAGGCCUGAUGUCAAGGUUCUAAAAGGUUUUAAUAUGAAGGUUGAGAGUGGGCAGACAGUAGCCUUGGUCGGAAACAGUGGCUGUGGCAAAAGUACAGUGAUCCAGCUGUUGCAGAGACUGUAUGACCCACUGGAAGGAGAGAUUACUGUAGAUGGGCAUAAUAUCAGGUCCUUAAAUGUCCGACAUUUCCGAGAGUUUAUUGGAGUGGUCAGCCAAGAACCUAUAUUGUUUGGAACAACAAUUGCAGAAAACAUCAGAUAUGGACGAGAGGAUGUCAGCGAGUCAGAAAUAGAAAAAGCAGCUAAAGAAGCAAAUGCAUACGACUUUAUAAGGAAACUUCCAAAUAAGUUUAAUACAAUGGUUGGAGAAAGAGGUACCCAGAUGAGUGGUGGUCAGAAGCAGAGAAUAGCGAUAGCACGAGCUUUAGUAAGAAAUCCAAAACUACUGCUUCUGGAUGAAGCAACAUCUGCCUUAGACACAGAGAGUGAAUCUGUUGUCCAAGCAGCCCUUGAAAAGGCUAGUGAAGGCCGAACUACAAUAGUAAUUGCUCAUCGUCUCUCAACCAUUAGGACAGCAGACGUCAUUGUUGUAGUAGAAGAUGGUAUCAUAGAAGAAAAGGGAACCCACUCCGAACUCAUGCAGCAGAAAGGGCUGUACUAUUCUUUGGUAACUGCACAGUCCUUUUCAAAUACAGAGGGAAAAGAAGAUGAUGGCAAAGAAAAAAAUCUGGCUAAUUCUGUCUUGAACCGUAAUCUGUCUAAGAGAUACAGCACAAGGAAGACUUCACUGAAGAGAAAUCCAGAGGAUAUUGAAGAAAUAGAGACUGAAGAUCUUCCUAAGGUUUCCUUCUUCAGGCUUUUGAAGCUGAACAUGUCUGAAUGGCCAUACAUCAGUCUGGGAAUACUUUCUGCAGUAUUAAAUGGAUGUGUUCAUCCAGUUUUUGCCAUCAUAUUUUCCAGAGUUAUCAUUGUCUUUACAGAAUCUGAUAAAAGCUAUAUUCGACAGCAGACUAACGGUUAUGCCAUCAUCUUUACUGUUAUUGGUGGAGUUUCCUUUAUUACUUACUUUCUGCAGGGAUUCAUGUUUGGGCGUUCAGGAGAAAUCUUAACAAUGAGACUGAGGCACAUGGCUUUCAAAUCAAUGUUGUCACAGGACAUUGCAUGGUUUGAUGAAGAAAAGAACAAUACUGGGGCUUUAACAGCAAGACUUGCCAUGGAAGCAUCUCAAGUUCAGACGGCAACUGGUUCAAGACUUGGUUUAAUAGCCAAAAAUGUAGCGGCUAUGGGGAUUUCAAUUAUAGUUGCUUUUAUUUAUGGAUGGGAAAUGACACUGCUGGUUCUGGCCAUUGCACCUAUUCUUGCUGUUGCUGCCCUUCUAGAAACCCGAGCACUGACAGGAUUUGCAAAUCGGGAUAAAGAAGAACUACAGAGUGCUGGUAAGAUAGCAACAGAAGCUGUGGAGAAUAUCAGAACAGUUGUUUCACUGACAAGAGAAAGAAAAUUUGAGAAAAUGUAUGACGAAAAUCUCAAAAAGCCGUACAGAAAUGCUCAAAAGAAGGCACAAGUCUAUGGUAGCUGCUUUUCUGUGAGUCAAGCCUGCAUGCAUUUCACGUAUGCAGCAUGUUUUCGGUUUGGUGCAUAUAUGAUGACACUCGAUCGAAUGACUGCUGAAUCUGUAUUCAUAGUAUUUAGUACUGUUGCAUUUGGUGCCAUGGAACUUGGGCAGACACUUUCCUUUGCUCCUGACUAUGCCAAGGCCAAAUCAGCUGCUGCACACCUUUUUGCACUGUUUGAGAAAAAGCCUUCUAUAGACAGCUUCAGCAGUGAUGGACUCAAACUGGCUACAUUUGAUGGAGGUAUACAAUUCUCUAACGUUUCUUUCAAAUAUCCAAAUCGCCCAGAUGUGUCUGUAUUAGAACAUUUGAAUAUUGAAAUUGGUAAAGGACAAACAGUAGCUCUUGUUGGAAGCAGUGGAUGUGGAAAAAGUACAACUCUUCAGCUUCUGCAACGAUUUUAUGACCCUCUCAGUGGAUGUGUGCGUUUAGAUGGGAUUACGAUUCAGUCACUGAAUGUUCAGUGGCUCCGGGCUCGCAUAGGCAUUGUGUCUCAGGAGCCAAUAUUGUUUGACCGCAGUAUCGCUGAUAAUAUUGCAUAUGGUGACAAUAGCCGAACUGUGUCUGAGGAGGAGAUCGUUGAAGCAGCUAAAGCCGCAAAUAUACAUUCCUUUAUUCAAAGCCUUCCAGAGAAAUAUAACACUCGGGUUGGUGCUAAGGGAGCUCAGCUCUCUGGUGGUCAGAAGCAGCGAAUAGCUAUUGCAAGAGCGAUAAUCCGGCAACCCAAGAUACUGUUGUUAGAUGAGGCUACUUCUGCUUUGGACAGUGAGAGUGAAAAGGUUGUACAGCAAGCCCUUGACAAGGCAAGGAAAGGUAGAACCUGUAUAGUGAUUGCCCACCGCCUAUCAACAGUACAAAAUGCAGAUGUUAUUGCAGUUAUCAACAAUGGAAAAAUUAUUGAGCUUGGCACACAUCAAGAACUGAUGGCAAACCAUGGAGCUUACUGCAGACUUGUCAAUGCACAAACACUGAAUUAAGACAGCAUGAUUAUACUUACAUCUUGUGUCAAAGUUGUAGAUUACUGCUGCAUUCCGUCUUUGAGUUUUGUAAAUAGAGAAACAGCCUAAUAAGAUACUACAGUAAUCAUGAUAUCACUGUUGUUGGUGUCCUGCACAGGAUUAAUGAAAAUUAGUAAAGAACUGCAUUCCUUAUCUGGCAUUGCUUUCCUCCCUAUGAGUGGUAAAAUUGUCAUCAACCACAGCUGCUAUCUGAAGCAGUAUCAGUUGCACUGAAAAACUGGAAAGUUUGAACUUUAACAUAUUCUCUUCUCUUCUCCCUGCCACAAAUUUUCCUUUUUUUGUCUGUAUCUGGAGUACUGAUAAAUCAUUUCUCCUGUUUAUAUUGAAGUAUUGUGACUAAUUUAAAAAGAAAUUCCAAAGAGGGUGAUUGAAAAAAUUGCAAUUUCAUACCAGCUUCUAAAAAGCACAUUCAAAAUCCAAAAACAUGUCACUAACAAGCGACUUCCUUAUUUAAGUCUGUAUAAUAUUAAUGUUGCCAAAUUAUAAAUUUGUGAGUCACUGACAUAUAGCAGACAUUGGUAUGCAUAUUAUUUUUUCAUUGUGAAUAUUGAGAAGUUACCAUCUUUAACAACCAUUUAUCGUUGUCUGCCAAAUAAGUCAAUUUCAGUAAUAAUGUUGUUCUUGAAUAACUGUAUCUGAAAACUGCAGCUGAUCUUUAUUUUAAAGUGAAGUAUGUAGGUUUGUAUUCUGAUCCGUAGUAAUAAACUUCAAAGUUCCCAACACAGAAAAUAAAUACAUUAAAACUUGCUGGAUGCAACACAUACACCUUUAGCAUUAUUGCGUUAUACUUUUUGGUAAAUAACAUGCUUUUAUUUCCUGAUUACCCGAUGCCUCAUUUUUUAGGGGUCAUCAUUUAAUUUACAAAUUUCAAGGCUUUCCUGGUCUCUUGAAUUUGGGUCAGAUAAAUGUUUCCUGUUUUAUUGUUAAGACUUUUUUCAUCUUUCCAGUAAUCUUCAGUAUUGUUGCACAUUUGAUCUAGUAGCAUACCUCACCUAUUUUUAUAUCUACAGAUGCAGAAUCAUUUCCGCAGAGUUUUGAUUUGUCUUAGUUCUGAUAUGUUACUGCCCAGGUAGUGCAAAGGAUUAAGGCUGAGAAAUGUUAAUGAGCUGUUUCCUGUAGUCCAGGGACUGAUUCCUUCAGCCUCUUGUUUGCCUACUAUGUGACUGUGCAAGACAAGUCGCUUAACUAGAUAGUGAUUCUGGGCUUUGUCUGAAAAAGGUCAAUAUAGAUCUGUAUUCUACCUUAAUCAAAACAUUCUAGUAAAAAAAUAUGCUCAUAAUAGAUGAGACUGAAAAAAACUGGGAAUUCUUCAUAUUACUCACAUAGAACAAAUAUAUUAAGGGUAACACCGGCUAAAGCUGAAAGGGAAUUAAAAGAAUUAAUCAAGAAGUGAAACAAGGAGUUUUAAGGAAAGGAAAGACAGAGCUGGCCAGGUUGUGUACAACUGGGAUGGAGAACACAGAAGACUGGGGAAAAAAUGAGUGCUAAAUGAAUGACGCCCUUUUGAAAUGCUGGUACUCGUAACAUUGAUUGCUGCCAAAAGAGAAUAUAAAACAUCUCUUUUCUCCUUUACACUUGUUUUUUGCAGGGUGGCAAGCAUGUAGUUUCCAUAUUACUGGACUCACUGAAGCUGGACCCAACAUUGCAAAUGGUUACCUAAAUUAAUACUUAAGUCUUUAAAAAGAAAAGCAGGGGAAGACUGCAAUGCUGGGGGAGAAAGGGG